AUGGGCUGCUUCUGCUUCCGCAAGCCGCGGGGCGCGGUCGCGGCCAUCGAGGACGGGAGCCUGAAGCCGCUCGAGGGCCGCGAAGUCACCGUGAUGCUCCUCGGCGUCGACAAUGCGGGCAAGACGACGAUAUUUCAAGCGCUGCAGGGCGACUUCACGCACACCACGCCUACGUGGGGCUUCAACAACCAGCGCUUCGCGUACAGGGGCGUGCACGUCAACCUCUACGACGUCGGAGGGGGCAGGCGCAUCCGCGGUAUCUGGCGGCGCUACCUCCCCGAGGUCCACGCGGCGAUCUGGGUGGUGGACGCGUCCGACGCGGGCCGCCUCGACGACGCGCGCGACGCCAUCACGGCCGCCCUGGCGGACAAGCACCUCCAGGGCAAGCCGUUCCUCCUCCUCGCGAACAAGCAGGACGUCGAGGGCGCCGCGGCCGCCUCGGAGGUCGAGGCGCGGCUCGGCGUGUCUGACGCGCUCGACACCACCAACACCCCCUACCGCGCCGUGGCGUGCUCGGCUCGCACGGAGGAGCACGACGCGAGGGACGGCGCGGCGACCGUGAGCAAGGAGGUGGACGACGGCGUGGCGUGGCUGAUCAGCCGGGUGGCGAGCAACCACGCCGCGCUGUGCGAGCGGGUGGAGAGGGACGCGGAGGCGCAGCGGCAGGAGGAGAUGCGGCUGCGGGAGGAGCGGCGGAAGCGGAUCGAGGAGCGCCGGCAGGAGGCGGCGCGGGAGGAAGCGGAGGCGGAGGCGGAGGCGAAGAGGUGUGGGGUUGGUGCGGAGGUGGAGGGGCACGUGCAGGGCGAGGGCGAGAAGGACGAGGGCGGGAACGACGGGGUCGUGUCGUCGAAGGACGGGAAGGAGGACACGACGCUGGCCGGGGACACGAACGGCGCGGCGUCGCAGGCGGCGUCGCGAGCGGAGUCGGAGGCGUCGGGCGACGGGGCGCUGCCGGCCGGCAAGCCCGGGCCGGGGCUUGCGUCCGAGGGGAGCGGGUCGACGGGGCGGCCGUCGAGGUCGCAGGUGGCGCCGACGGCGCCGCUGUCGUCCGGGAAGGCGCAGAGCGUCGCUGCGGCGUAG